CGCAGGAGAAGGUAGGAAGCCGGUGAAUCGUGCAUACAACAACUAGGGGGCGACACUGCCCAGAUCAGUACUAAUAAUUCAGUGAUUAAACACCGUUCAGACUUGACCGCAGGAGGUGCUUGUAGGUGACCGGGAAGACAUGGCAUUUCUGCUAAAAGAACUAAGGUUCAGCGUCCCAUGGGGGCACCUAGCAGCCAAGGCCUGGGGUCCAUCUGAAGGGCGGCCUAUUCUUUGCCUACAUGGUUGGUUGGAUAAUGCCAACACUUUUGAUAGACUUAUUCCGUUGCUUCCCAAAGACAAUUACUAUGUAUCUCUGGAUUUCUCAGGACAUGGACAGUCCUCGCAUAUGCCUAUAGGAAUGAGAUAUCAACAUCUGGACUACCUGACUGACGUACACAGGGUGGUAACAUCUUUAGGUUGGCGCAGAUUCUCCAUAUUGGCGCACAGUAUGGGUGGUGUUGUUGGAGGAAUGUUUGCCUCCGUGUUUCCUGAGACAGUUCAGCAGCUAAUUCUUCUGGAUUCCUAUGGGUUUUUCCCUGUCAGUUCAGACCUACUACUGAACCAUGCGAAGAAGGCAAUUACCCAUUACUCCCGCUUAGAGCGUGCAAAUGGAACAAAAGUUUAUACCCCAGAAGGAGCCCUGCAAAGGUUAUUGGAGGGCAAUUCGUCACUGAAUCCUGAUACUGCCAAAGUGCUCCUGCAGCGCGGGACUAAACCCGUGCCUGGUGGUGUGGUGUUUAGUCGUGACAUAAGGAUCACUGUGAACAAUUCUCUGCCGCUGUCUAUUGAACAGUGUUUGCAUAUUUUGAAGUCCGUUCAGGCUAAAGUCCAUGUUAUACUGGCAAAUGAAGGAAUAUCAGCGGAUUUAAUGAGAGGCGUUUACACAGAUAUGGGACAAGCACUACUGCGUGGAUAUAGAGAAAACUUGAGGGAGCGCUUUCAGUCCACUAUCGUGGAUGGAAAUCAUUUUGUACAUUUGAAUGAACCAGAGAAGAUUGCCAAAAUCAUUGUGAAUGAGCUCUAUGAGCGGCCUUACGUUCACUCGCAGCUUUAACAAUUGACGGAAAAACCUGGUGAAGCAGAUUUUUUAUGAACAAUUAUUAUCCUUAAAUCCGAACAAGAUGUCACCCAUACAAGACGUUCAGACUCAACCUUUGUGUUAAGCCACCAUGGGUUAAAUGUCAUUUUCUUUGAAAGUCUUUUAUGCCACUUUGAUUAAACAUACCCCAUUGUCUGACAUAGCAAUAAAACUAUUUAUAUUUACACCUUUUUUUUUGUAAAGCAUGGAUAACAUGGUUGAAAGAAACUGCAGUAGAUGGGACAGGAUGUAGGUGAAGGAUAAAAGGGGUUCUCCGGGGAAGUUAAGAAAAAUAAAAAUGCCCCAAAACCACCAUAAUACCUGUUCUGUGUCCCCUCUAGUUGUCCAUGUGGUUUUGGCAGCUCUUGUGGCCCCUGUUGUCUCCUGAAUAUUUAUCUUUGCUUGCAGCACAGACUACAACUCCCAGCAGUCAGUGCAGCUUUGUGUAAUGGCUGCUAGAGAUGAGCGAACUUACAGUAAAUUCGAUUCGUC